GCUCCCCCAACCCCCUUCCCUCUUCGCUCACCUCCGUCUUAUUAAUGGUCGCUCCGGUGGUUGCACCCACCUAGCUCGAUCGACUCCCCCCUUAUAUCUUCUUCUUCCCCAACCCCUAUAUAUCCAUCCCCGCUUCCCCUCCCCUCCCGGCCAACCCAAAUCAAACCAAACUCACCCGCCGCGACCAACCUCCGGCGAUCCCCCUCGCCACCAUCAUCCCAACGCAUCUGCGCAAGACACUAGCUUAGCAGCUGGCCGGCUAGUACAACACACCAUGAGCAGCGCCGCCGCGGGCAUCAAGCCGCAGCAGCACAAGGCACCCCACCGCCCUCCGCGGCCGGGCUACAUCAAGCUGCUCUACCACAAAGCAAUCUCCAACGCGCUCUAUUUCCUCCUCGCCCCGAUCCUCUCCUUCUUCUCCCUCCGCCUCUCCCGCCUCACCGCCGCCGACCUCGCCAUGGCGAGCGAUUACCUCCUCGCCGACUCCACCCUCCCUUUAGCCCUCUCCCUCCUCUCCGUCGCCGUCGCGCUCAUCGCCGCCUACCUCUCGCGCCGGCCCAGGCCCGUCUACCUCCUGGACUUCGCCUGCUACAAGCCGGGCCCAUCCCACACCGUCACCCGCGAGACCUUUAUGGCCCAGUCCACGGCCGCGGGCGUCUUCACCGACGACAACCUCGCCUUCCAGCGGAAGAUCCUCGAGCGGUCGGGGCUCGGCCAGGGGACCUACUUCCCGGCGGCGGUCCUCAACUCGCCGCCCAACCCUUGCAUGGCUGAGGCCCGCCGGGAGGCCGAGGCCGUCAUGUUCGGCGCCAUCGAUGCCCUGUUACACAAGACCGGGGUCCGGGCCAGGGAUAUCGGGGUUGUCGUUGUGAACUGCAGCCUGUUUAACCCGACCCCGUCGCUGUCCGCCAUGGUUGUGAAUCAUUAUAAGCUGAGGGGGAACGUGGCGAGCUAUAAUCUGGGCGGCAUGGGGUGUAGCGCUGGGCUCAUCUCCAUCGACCUCGCCAAGCAGCUGCUCCAGGUGCACAGGAACUCGUACGCGCUGGUGGUGAGCAUGGAGAACAUCACCUUAAACUGGUACUGGGGCAACGACCGCUCCAUGCUCAUGUCCAACUGCCUCUUCCGGAUGGGCGGCGCGGCGAUCCUCCUCAGCAACCGGCGCGCCGACCGGCGCAUCUCCAAGUACCAGCUAGUCCACACGGUGCGCACGCACCACGGCGCCGACGACCGCGCCUACCGCUGCGUGUUCCAGGAGGAAGACAAGGCCGGGCGCGUCGGUGUCGCGCUGUCAAAGGACCUCAUGGCCGUGGCCGGCGAGGCGCUCAAGACCAACAUCACGACGCUCGGCCCGCUCGUGCUCCCCAUGUCGGAGCAGGUGCUCUUCCUGGCGUCGCUCAUCGGGAAGAAGAUCUUCGGCCUCAAGAUCCGGCCCUACAUCCCGGACUUCAAGAUGGCGUUCGAGCACUUCUGCAUCCACGCCGGUGGGAGGGCGGUUCUGGACACGAUCGAGAAGAACCUGGAGCUCAGCGAGUGGCACAUGGAGCCGUCCCGGAUGACGCUCAACCGGUGGGGCAAUACGUCGAGCAGCUCGCUGUGGUACGAGUUGGCGUACACGGAGGCCAAAGGGCGCGUCCGGCGCGGGCAUCGCGCGUGGCAGAUCGCGUUCGGGUCCGGGUUCAAGUGUAACAGCGCCGUGUGGAGGGCGCUCCGGGACAUUGUGCCGGAGCAGGAAGCUGGGAGUAACCCGUGGGUGGAGGAGAUUGACAGGUUUCCUGUGGAAGUGCCCAAGGUGGAGAGCGUUCUUGUCUCGUCGUCGUGAUUUUAGGCCCGUUGAAGAUCAGAGAUUCAGAGUACUUAUUACUGCUCCUCCCAAGGGUUGUUAAAGGAAAAGAAUAGUGGUAAUUAUUCUUUUGGAAGGUGAAAGACCGAGCGAGAUUGGCCGGGAUUAUAUUUGUAUCGUUUGACGUUUGUGAUGUAAACAUCCAUCCAUCCAUCCAUCCAGGUUAAUUUGUGUUGAGCUUGUAGCUGAACUGAUUUGGGACUUCUAUUCGUUGGGACAAACCUGACGUGGUACUACUGUAGAUCUUAUCACGUGGUUGGGCUUUUA